UUUGGGGAAUUGGAAAACGAAGUGAAGUCGUGAAUGUGAAGUGUGUAGUGUAAAUUUAAGAAAUCCAAGUUGUUUAACCUUAGAAUAUAAAAGACUCGACACGAUUCCGGAUUAUUACUAUUGAUUGUGGUAUAAUCAGCUAUCAGGUUCACCAUGCUGUCAGUUGCCAGGAGUUGCCGAGCCUCUUUGCCUGUUGCAAAGGCAUUGUUCAAUACCACGGUAUGCCCCACAAAAGCACCUUCAGUGAAUUCGUCUGUUUUGAAAAAUGUUCUCUGGAAGAAUUUUAGUAACGAGGGGCGAGAUCCUUUCACUAGGACUGCCCGAAGAAGGAGGACGCUCAAAGAGAUUGCCAUGCAGCCUACACAAGGGACUCCAUUUGCUGUUGGACAAAUGGCCGUAGCUGGUGGAGCUGUCGUUGGGAUUGGAGCGCUGUGUUUCUAUGGCCUCGGUUUGGCUUCCAAGCCUGGCGCCAUUGAUCAGGCUAUGCUGUGGCCCGAGUAUGUGAAGGACAGAGUGAGGACUACGUACAUGUACCUCGGUGGAAGUAUAGCUCUCACAGCUGCCAGUGCCGUAGCCUGCUUCCGAUCACCUGCCAUGAUCAGGCUCAUGAGCCGCAACUCUUUGUUGGCAGUGGCAGGCACCUUUGCAGCCAUGAUAGGCACAUCGAUGGUGGUUCACAAUAUCCCUUACCAGCCGGGCGUCGGAGCUAAACAGCUUGCCUGGGCUGUACACGUUGGCGUCAUGGGGGCACUCAUUGCACCCAUGUGUCUCUUCGCUGGUCCACUGGCCAUCAGGGCUGCUUGGUACACAGCUGGAGUGGUGGGAGGUCUCUCCGCCGUUGCUGUUUGUGCUCCGAGUGACAAGUUCCUCACCAUAUCAGGUCCGCUAGCCAUCGGUUUGGGUGUGGUUCUCGUAUCUUCACUUGGUUCGGCUUUCCUACCCGCCACCUCUGCUCUGGGAGCAGGUCUGUACUCCAUCUCUCUCUACGGAGGAUUGUUGCUGUUCUCUGGCUUCUUGCUGUACGACACUCAACGCAUUAUUAGAGCGGCUGAGACUCAUCCGAUCAACGCCCCUGUCCCCUUUGACCCCGUCAAUGCGUCAAUCUCGGUUUACAUAGACACCCUCAACAUUUUCAUCAGGAUACUGGCCAUUUUGAUGGGCAACGAUAGGAAGAGGCGUUAGGUUUCAUAUCUUGGUUAUUAAUUUCAAACACGACAAAUAAAAAUAGAUUAAAAUUUUGCAUUUUUGCAUUUUCAUGUUAAAUUAAAGACACAAUAUUGUUUGUUUUAUUUGUCUGUCUCAUUUAAUUUCAGAAUACAUUUUACUCUUAACAAAUUAUUUUUUUAUGUAUUGUAAACUGAGUUAAGAUGAACGAUUGAACGCUAAUUUAAUUUUAUGUAAGCAAAGACUGUUGUAAUAUAGUUUUGUAUAUAGUGAGUUAAAUAAAUUAAAA